UUGUAGAAAAAACAAACAUUGUACAUCUUUGACCAAACUGACUAAAAUGUAUUUACCAGAUAUAAACAGAAUUAUUUCAGAUUCUGACAGACAAAAUGUAAAUUUAAACAUAUUUUAAAUGUUUUAGCACCCUAGAUGUCAUUUAACCUCUGCUGGCAUUUGGAAUUAGUAGUUUGAAGGAUUUAUUUUGUUGUGUCAUCAUUUAAUUUUGGCAGAUUUAAAGAGGGACUGAAAACCCUUGGUGUCCUGGACGCCAUGAGGACGUACCCGGAGAGUUUUAGACCCUUGCUGUGCCAUCAACCACCUCCACUCAUAGCCAACUCCAUGGAUCAGCUUUUCGAAAUUAGACUGUCUGUAGCGGGAAGCAACAAGAGAAUGGCAGAGGAACGUGUUGUGCCAUUUUGGAGAGAUUACUUGCUGGACAUUGAGGAGGAGGCCGGAGCCUCAAAGCUAAGCGGUGUCUUAGCCUUUGCAACUGGUGCAAGCAUCGUCCCACCAAUUGGCUUCUCUCCUCGACCAACAAUUGAUUUCCUACAUCACCAGUCUGUAAGCCCAGGACGCUGUUUGCCUAUGGCCAACACAUGCAUCAACUGUCUGAAGCUGCCACUUUGUGACACAUACACUGAGUUCAAAGACAGUAUGGACUAUGCAUUAGAAAAUACUCAGGGUUUUGGUCGAGAGUAA